AUGGCUCAAUCUACUCAGAACAAGCAGUGGCUAACCAAGCAGGACGGUCUGGAAAACCUCUACAGAGGAGAAGCGUCCAUCCCCCAGCCCGGCGAGAAGGAGGUUUUGGUCAAGAUCCAUGCUGUAUCACUAAACUAUCGCGACACUGAGGUAGCAAAUGGCCUAUACAACCACCACAAGAGUCUGGAUGAGGGUAACAAGUCCCUCGUUCUGGCAUCUGACAUGUGCGGAACCAUUGUCAAGGCUGGACCUGGAGCAUCCCUCAAAGAAGGACAGAGAGUUUUGUCUAUCUUCCUCCAGACCCACCAGACAGGCCAGGUCCAGGAGAGCGACAUGGCAUCCGGCAUGGGCCUGCCUUUGGAAGGUGUUCUCCAAGAGUACCGUGUCUUCCCCGACACUGCUCUGGUCACCGUGCCCGACUAUCUGAGUGCCGAGGAGGCCGCUACAUUGCCAAUCGCUGGCACUACUGCCUUUAUGGCCAUGAACUGGAUGCAGCCAAUGGGAAAGCCUGUCACCAACCCCGAGACUACCGUCUUGUUCCAGGGCACUGGAGGCGUCUCAAUUAGUGGUCUACAGAUCGCAAAGGCUUGUGGCCUGAAGGGUAAGUGCAACGUCAUCUUGUUUGCUGAAUAUUCCACUGAACUUUCGAACANNGCCAUCGUGACCUCGUCUUCAGAUGAGAAGCUUGAAAGGGCCCGUCAGCUUGGUGCCGACUACACCAUCAACUACAAGAAGUUCCCCAACUGGUCAGAAAAGGCCAUGGAAUUCACCAAGGGCAAAGGUGUCGAUAUCAUCCUCGAGUGCGGCGGUGCCCAAACUGUGCGCCAAAGCUUCGAUUCAAUCGCUUUUGGUGGCCUCAUCUCGAGCAUUGGCUACCUCUCGGGCAAGCAGGAUACUGAGAGUGAUGCUCUCAACAUCAACGUCCUCGCUUUGAGACGUAAUGUGACUCUCAAGGGUCAUAUCAACGGACCAAAAGACAGGUUUGAGGAGAUGUUGCAGCUCUAUGCCGAAAAGCAGAUUCACCCGGUUGUAGACAAGGUCUUCAGCUUUGACGAGGCAAAGGACGCUAUGCAAUAUCUUGCCAAGGGCGGCCACUUUGGCAAGGUCGUCAUCAAGGUCGCAUAA